CCUCUCAGCCUUCAUUUUCCCAAGUCUUCUCCUUAGGCAGUCCCUCAGGAUCGAGGAUGGCUUGCUUCCACUCCGGUUCAAUGGGUUUCUGAGGUGGCUGAUAAGUCCGAUCUGCAAUCUGCAGACUCUGCCACUUGUGGGGCAGUUUAAUUUUCCUGACGGGUUUGAACAAACAGUAAUAAUGAGUUUACUCACCUUCAUUCUACUUACGUGGCUUAAGUCGACCAUUUUGAUAAGCGCAGAACUAUCUGUAGAGUUGGAAAAUGCGCACCUCCUAUCUUCAAAGGAUCAUCCUCAUAUCAUCAAUAUGAAACAAGGAAGUGGUUUCCCAAGUGACUGUCACGAGAUUUUUCAGCAGUCAGAAGGUACGGCGAAAGACGGUCUUUAUAUCAUUCAACUAAUGAAGGAUCUUAUAGUUGUCUACUGUGACAUGCAGAGUGCGGAGGGUGGCUGGACAGUGAUCCAGCACAUCACCGCAAACAGCUCCAUGGAUUUUGACAGAACAUGGCAGGACUACAAGCAAGGAUUCGGUUUGGUUAAUGGUGACCAUUGGCUGGGCAAUGAGUUCAUGCACAGACUUACCAGCAAGCUGGGAGCAUACAAGUUGGGAAUAAAACUCAUUGACGUGAAUGGAGGAAUAAAAUGGGGAGAAUAUGACCCAGUCCUGAUCGAAGGUGAAGAAUCCAGAUACAAAAUCAGACUUGGUCUUUAUCAAGGAACAGCAGCUGAUGCUCUGACCCAAGAGACAGAAGCUUAUAUCCAUGACAACCAGAAAUUCACCACAAAAGAUAGUGAUAAUGACAACUAUUUUCAGAACUGUGCUAAACUGGAGCUCAAUGGGAUCCCAGGUGGAGGAUGGUGGUACAAUGCCUGUGCUGCAGCCAAUCUCAACAGGAGAAAUGUUGUGUACUGGCAGAAUGAUUGUAAUAAAGAAAACCUGUGCAAGUAUGCUUGGAUGAUGGUAAAACCUAAUAUCAAGCUCGUCAAAUGUCACAAUAGCCCACAUAGUGAACUAUAAUUUUGGCAGAUAAAGCAGAACUACAAAUUAAUCCAAUUCAUAUUUAAAUUGUUGUAUUUUCUUUAAGUAGAUCUUGAAUAUUCAGACAUCAUUUGCUGCAAGGAUGAUGGCAAAAACACAUCUAGUGUAGUUGAACAGAUAACGUAUUUGUUGCACCACUUGCUACUGCAUAUAUGAACUAAUUUUUAUGGAAAAGUAUUAUUAAAUCCUAUUCAAGACAUGAUUGAGAUUGAGUGGUUCAGUGGGUUUGUACAUGGUCACUACGCUUUUGGGAAUUUGGUUCAAAUCCAACUUAGAUGGAGGGACAGAACUCUCUGUAUGAUUGUUGUAAGGACCUGAAACUAAAUUGCAUUUGCAGUGUUGUUCGAAGAGGCCACAAGGCUGUUCAAAGCUGAAAGGUCAGGUGGAAUAUGUUCAGACUGAUUUUGGAGUUAGGGCAUAUUAUUGAGCAUUGUGAACUUUAUCUCCAGCUUAACAGAGCAUGUGCGAUGUUGGUACUGGCUGAAAAUGCAAAUGUCACCUGUUAAUGAGUGCAAAAUCCACCAUGACAAAAAUAAAAUUAAAAUUGGGGAACCCAAAUUAAAACACUGAUUAUAAAAUCCACUGAUCACUGCAUCUAUAGAUAAAACAAAUGAAAAUAAGCAAAUCAGAGGCCCCUUUGAAAAGAGCUAUUGGCUCUUACAAGGACCUUUUGUCCUAUUUUCAGAAAUGGGUUCUCCUCAAUUGUACAAUCAGCAACUCUUACUUUAAUUAAUACUCCUGAUAGGCAAGCAUUAUAUUAUCAAAUAUUGAUGAAGAAUUUAGUUUAAAUUAAAAAUCUCAGUGUUUAAAUGUCUUCAUAAAUUAUUACUGUGGCUAUAAUACAUGUAUGCUUCAGAACUUGACCAAGGAGUGCAAAACUAUCUGUUUCAUCCUCCAAAUCUUCCUUUAACUGGUAAUAUUAUUAAUAUCAUUAUCCUCCACUGGAUCAACAUUUACAGUCCAUUCACCAAAAACAUUGAGUGGCAACCAUUCAAUUGUAUCACACUUAAGAGUGGUGCUGUGAGGGUUAUGCUAUAUAACUCAGUGAAGAUGAACUAAUGUUGCAUGACAUCCCACUAUACAGGCAACAUGCAAUGGGCUUAUGUACUUCUUUGUAACUAAUAUUGAAACCACUUGUUCAGCUGCCUUUUCUGCUUCCCCUCCUCCCAGCCCUAUGCCCACCAAGUCAAAUGUGCCUCUCCAACUGUAGCUCUGAACCCCCUUCACCCUCUAAUUUCCCUUUUAGCUCCCUCUACGCCUUCUCCAAUGUCAUUUCAUCUACUCCCAGCUCCCUUGACCCCUUUCCCACUAAACUAAAGAUCACCCAACAUCACACCUCAGACUCUAAGUGAUGAAACUGUAAAUGGCUCUCUCUCCUCUGGAACUUUCCUCCCCUUUCAACCAUUCCUCAAACGAAAAUCAUCAACUCUAGUUGACAAACUAUCACUCUGUCACCAACCUCCCUUUCUUCUCCAAAUUCCAAGCGGGAGAGUGGGUUUAGAGUAGGUGGAUUGAUGUGGAUAAAAUCAUUGUUAUGGGCUGAGUGGGCAGUAUCAGUUUCAAUGCUCUAAGAUUCUAUGAUGGUAAAAUUCAAUUGUGGAGUGGGUGCAUAUUGUUCUGUCGAAGGGUCAUGAGCACUUGAAACGUCAACUCUUUUCUUCUCCGCCCAUGCUGCCAGCUUUUUCCAGGUAAUUCUGUUUUUGUUUUGCAAUACAGAUGGUAGCUGAUUGCAAUGCUCACUCUGCUGCUCAGCUGGGUAUCUUAAACAGACUUUAUCAUGAUUAUAGGGGAUUUAACCAGCUCAUCAUGCUUUUGCUGGCAUUGAACCCACAUGUGCAAUGGAAGCACUGCAAUUAGUUUUAUUACAUUCCCAAGCUAGUCCAAGGGAGAGAAACUAGGUAGGAUUCUGCCCCUAAUUGUUAAUAGCACCCUGCUGGAAGUUGAUACUGUAUGAAAAUAAGUGAGACUCGGCUGUGAUGGUCCUGCAGUUGUAUAGCCCACUGGGAGUCCUUCAGGAGUCCAUAUAACAAUUGCCUAAUUGGAUGAGAUAUAAAUCAUUCCAGAAUUACACCCUGAGGUUGGUUACUACCCUCAGGAGGAACGGUAAAGCAAUUAAAUUACUCUUUAAACUUUUGUAAUCUGCAUGAACAUAUGCUUGGAUUACGAAAACAAGUUUUAUUUGUGGAUUGUGCACACGUCACUAUGAAUCAGGAGGAUUGUUAAACUCUGCUUUAUUUGCAGAUGUAUGAAACAUUUAUGGCAAAAAAAAUUGGUGUAAUCAAUACAAUAAUUGUACAAGCAUUUACAAACCUGCUGAACAUCUGUAAUAUCAGCAUUUUAUUAAUAAAAUCCUUUCAUUCGAUUUUGUCAAAUGAGUUGAACUGAGUGUUAAUAGAUAUAAAUUGUGAACCGAUUAUUAGUCCAAACCUGUUGAACAUCUGUAAUAUCACCAUUUUAUUAAUAAAAUCCUUUCGUUUGAUUUUG